UUUCUUUUUUAAGUUUUGUGUAUAAUUGUAGUUUAAACUCUUUUUUUAAUUAUAUUUUAUAUGUGUAUUUCAGGUUUUCCAAAACUAGAGUUCUGCCGGUUUAAAUUUUUUAAUAACAUUAUUUUGUAACUUGCGCUUAGGGCUGUCUAAAUUCAUCAUCUAAAAAUGUUAUGCAAAAUAUGUUCUGAAAUGAAGUCGGGCCCCGAACAUGACGUAUCUGAAAAACACUUGAAGAAUAAAGCUCUUUAUGAAUAUUCUUUAGAAAGGAAAAAGAAUGCUGGUAACAGAAAAGGUGCUGUGGUGACAUGUAAUGUGAAGUCAUCAUAUUCAGCUAUCGUUGACAAUGCAGAUGGCAAAAUAAAAAUAUCGGUAAGUCUAAACAUGUACCUAAUACUUCUGUAUGUUUCUACAAUGUUUCAACAGUCUAAUGGCCAGUUGCACAAACAUCCAAUAAGGUUUAGUGAGUAAGCUCUAAUCAUUAAAGCUUAGUUACUAAACCUUAAAAAUAAUAAUAAUUUGACUGAUUCUUGUGCAGUUGGAUGUCGGUCAUACAAAAAAUAAGUUUCUUUUUAUAAUCCGGAUGUAGACAGUAAACAAAAAUAGACACCUAUAAUACUUUUUGUGGUAGUGUUCAAUAUAUUAUUACCAAUAGUCACACUUUUAUGCUUAUUAUAUUUAUAAUAUUGUUUAAACUGAUUAUGAAAAAAUUAAUAUUUUAAGCUCAUUGUCACGUGACCGCAAACAGCGCGUGACGUCACCCCCUUCUUACUCAUAAUAUGAGAACUUGAGGAAUUCAGCCUUAU